AUGAACAGUGCUCUAAUCUUAACGCACAACAAGCUGUUUGAAAAGUCUAACGCCUUGUACCCCUUCACUAAAACCGAAGUCAAAUUGAGUAGUAUUCCAUCAACACAACAAAGCUACGUGUGGGACAGUGUGUACCAGUCGCAGUGUCCAGGUAAACUGAUUGUUGGAUUUGUCGACGGUGACGGUGUGAGUGGAUCAUACACAAAGAACCCGUUUAACUUCCAGAGUUCAUUCGUGAAAACGGUUGGUUUAUAUUUGGAUGGUGUCAGUGUGCCCGGUCGACCAGUCGAAGCAGAUGAUGUCAGUGCAUACGUGAAUUUAUUCGAAGGUGUUAAUAGCUGGAACCUGGAUUGUGGAAAUUAUAUUGAAAGAACUGAAUUUUCUUUGGGAAAUGGCCUGUUUGUGUUCAACCUUGAACCCGUUUUAGUGGACUCUGAUUAUUUAAGUUUAUUAAAGAACGGUAAUUUACGGCUAGAAGUGCAGUUUAAAUCUGCAUUGACAAAGACUGUCAGUUGCAUAGUGUAUGGUGAAUUCCCCAGCUUGAUUGAAAUAGAUCAGACCAGGAACGUGUUUGUUAAAUAA